GGGCCUCGUGCUUCUAUGGUGUGUUCAGCCUGACACCUCACUUCCUCACUUCCUGAGCAGCUGCCAUCGCUGCUGCAGAGUGAGGAAAGAGGAAGAGAGAGGAAGAGAGAGGAAGGGAGAGGAAGGGAGAGAAGUGAAGAAGAAGCAGAGACAGAGCAGAGGAAAGGGGGAGCUGCCUCUGGAGGAAGUCACCGCGAAGAGGGGAGGCUCCACAGCGGGAGGAACGCAGGCGAGCAGCGGUGUGCUAUGGCUCAGUCGGCUGCUAACGGCGUGGACCAGGAUCUGGCCAGUAAGAGGCUGCACUCCAGGAUGGAGGCUUCUUGCUUGGAGUUGGCCUUGGAAGGAGAGCGGCUGUGCAAGGCUGGAGAUUUUAAAGGUGGGACAGCAUUCUUCGAGGCAGCCGUACAGGUCGGCACAGAAGACCUGAAGACCCUCAGUGCCAUCUACAGCCAGCUGGGCAAUGCCUACUUCUACCUCAAGGAGUAUGGCAAAGCCCUGGAAUACCACAGACAUGACCUAACCUUGGCCAGAACAAUAGGAGACAGAAUCGGAGAAGGAAAAGCCAGCGGAAACCUUGGUAACACGUUAAAGGUGUUGGGGCGCUUUGAUGAGGCUGUUGUUUGCUGUCAGAGACAUUUGGAUAUUUCUCAAGAGCAGGGGGACAAGGUUGGAGAAGCGCGAGCUCUAUACAACAUAGGAAAUGUGUUUCAUGCAAAGGGCAAACAGCAGUUAUGGGGCUGCACCCAGGAGCCGGGGGACCUGCCUGCUGAUGUCAGAGACACACUGCAAAGGGCGACUGGAUUUUAUGAGAUGAACUUGUGUCUGGUGAAAGAACUUGGAGACCGAGCUGCUCAGGGGAGAGCUUACGGGAACCUGGGAAACACCCACUACCUGCUGGGAAACUUUGUCGAAGCGAUCAAGUUCCAUCGGCAGCGAUUAUCCAUUGCCAAAGAAUUUGGGGACAAGGCAGCAGAGCGGCGGGCGUACAGUAACCUGGGCAAUGCCCUGAUCUUCCUGGGCCAGUUCAACACAGCCACAGAGUACUACAGGAAAACCUUGCAGUUGUCCAGGCAGCUGAGGGACCAGGUGAUGGAGGCUCAGGCCUGCUACAGCCUGGGAAACACCUACACCCUUCUGCAGCAGUAUGAGAAGGCCAUAGACUACCAUCUGAAACACCUGUAUAUCGCCCAGGAGCUGACUGACAGGGUUGGUGAGGGCCGUGCUUGCUGGAGUCUGGGAAAUGCAUAUGUGUCUUUAGGGAACCACAAACAAGCUCUUCACUAUGCACGAAAGCACCUGGACAUCUCGAAGGAGAUUGGAGACAGAAAUGGGGAACUGACAGCCAGGAUGAACGUGGAGCAGCUGAUGGAGGUUCUGGGUGUCAAUGAGAGCGACCUCUCGCCCUCCAGCUCCGAGUUUGAGAUGCAAGGAGCAAGACCCAAAUUCACCAAGAGAAACAGCAUGGACAGUGUAGAGCUGUGGAAGUACUCUUCUGAUAAGAACGGUGAGAACCAAGACUUGGAGAGUAUACCCAGGAGAUCCAAGAGUCAGCUGUCGCAGCCCGGCAAAAGGAAAGGCUACCCCGACAGUCAGUCGUCGGACGAAAGGCCGUGGUUGGACUCUCCGGUAGACACUGAUGACAUCACUGUGCAAGUUCCACCUCCAGUGCCAAAGUUGGGCCGUGACCCCUCCGAUGAAGACUGCUUCUUCGACCUCCUCAGCAAGUUCCAGAGCAGCCGCAUGGAUGACCAGCGCUGCCACCUUGAUGAGACGCAGAACGGGGACCACGGCGAAGGUGCUGCGAACUCCGUGCCACCUCUGAACGACAUGAUAGACCCUGCAAUUACCACUUCCCCCCAGACUGAGGAGCUGUUCGAUUUGAUCGCCAGCUCUCAGAGCCGCCGCCUCGACGACCAGCGGGUUAAUGUUGGUAACCUCCCAGGCCUGAGGAUUACCCAUAACAACCUGGGACACCUGGUGGGCGAGGGAGAUCAUCAAGAGCCCAGCGAUGACUUCUUCAACAUGCUAAUCAAGUGCCAGUCUUCCAGGAUUGAUGACCAGCGAUGCUCCCCACCAGAGGCUGGCCCCCACGCUCCGACGGUCCCAGACGAGGACUUCUUCAGUCUGAUCCAGAGGGUGCAGGCCAAGCGAAUGGAUGAGCAGCGCGUCCAGCUGCCCUCAGAGGACCAGGACGCCGCCGAGUCCCCUGAUUCGGAGCCUCCUGGCGGAUUCUCCAGCUAGGACUCGGUGAAUAACACUGCACAACUUCAUGUCAAAGAAAGUAAAAAAAUAAAUAAAAGCAGAAGAAAAAUGAAAAGGACAAACCGACAUUAUGAAAAACAACACCUAAGGCUGAACUAACAUGUUUUAUUAACAAGACAAAAUUCCAUGUGCAAUAGGCAGUAACCUAUGAAAUGUUUCUCAGUGUGUUAUGCUCUAAAUGUGUGUACAUGUAAGCAGAAGAGAUGGGAGGUGGUUGAGGGAUGAAGACAACACAAGGUUGAGUUUGAAAGGUGAAAAUGUGUCUUCAAUCUAAUGCCUUAAUCAGCAUUUUUCAGACUCAAGAUUGUAUUCACUGGUGUCAGCUGUGGUUUUUAGAAGCACAUGACGGACACGCAGUAUCUUAUCAUGUCGUGGAAAUCACAGAGAUUCAAUGACGGAAGCGGAGUUUAGGGAAAUAAAAGAAAAAAUUGUAGGUUUGCACUGAAACAUUAGGAUUUCCAACAAAUUGUGUUAAUUCAGUCCCUCUGAUCGAUGCUGCUUUUAUCAUUUGAUUUGUGUGGUUCCCACUGCUCCUAGAGAACUAGUGUUAUUUGUGCAGUAACAGUAUUAAGUGCGGCCUCCCAGUGUUAAAACAAACCGUUUCUGUCACAGUGAACAGGAUCGAUAACCAACAUUUCACUUCCGUCAAAAAAGUCAAGACGGACUGUUAUUAUGUGUAUUUAUGCAUUUUUUAAAUAAAUGCAUCAGCCUCUUCACACACUAUGUAGUAACCAAGGUUACUGGCCAAAUGAUAGGAACAAGCUGCUUAUUUCAUAGAUUUUAAGAUUUAGAUUUGUGUGAUAAUUCAACGUCCUGUUCAUAUCUCUUCUCGUUUUUUAAAAGUGAUGUCCAUACUGUUCUGAACAUCUGUUAACAGACUACUACUUACUGCCAUUAUUAUUAUUUUUUUGCAUUAACUAACAUAGAAAUAGAAGCAGAUGCAUCAGGUGGGCGCUUCAUAUUUUGAAGAAUCUAAUGCCAUGAACAUUGAGUUCUAGUUUGUGGUGCUGGUACAGUGCCUCCAUGUGGUCAAAAGGUUGCAUUACCUCUGUUAAAAUACAGAGUGCUGGGAAUGAAGGACAUUUCCUUCCCUGAUUAUUUGCAGGGCCGCACUGUAACGCUAACAUUCUGCUCCAGGUACGACAACUGUGAAAUCUUUCACCUGGUUCCAGCUGCAAGGUUUUGCAAACUUCUACCUUGUAACUUAGAAAUUAUUUUUCUGCAGCAGCAGAGGCAACAUGGGGUAGAGUCAAUUUUCCUUUCUAUUCAUUUGUUGUUAUGAAAGGAAGUGAAGUAAAAAAUGCCUAACAUUUUUAAUUUUAAUGUACAGAGCAAAAAAGAAAAAAACUUUUUAUCCUGAAUUAGUGCUUACCUCAUUUUUGUACCUCAAUCCUUAAGAGUUGCUGAGCUCUGAACCAGAACGCACCACAUUCCAACUGUAGUGAUUCUGACUCAUCUCUCUUUGAUAAAUGACACAUUGGGAGCUCCAUUUAAUAUUUCCUCCUUUCUGGUUAUUGUGAAUUAACAUUUUUAGAAAGUACUCGGUACGCUUCUGUUUGUCUCUGCCAUAAUUUGUACAUAUAAAUAUAUUUUGUAUUUAUGUUCCAUUACGAGGACGUGAAUAUGUCCUUUCAUGCUUUUAAUAAAAUGU